AUGAUAAGAGAGAAUCUCUCGGCAUACAGACCAAUUGAAAUAACAUGUUAUUCAUUUGCAUUUUUGGCAGGAAAAAUCCCCCCACAACCCACAGACCGUGUCGUAUUCCCCCCUUAUGUGAUGGACAAAGUCUUUAACCAAAACCCGGAAUUUAAGUCCCCGAUUAUGUUUGAGAUUCAGAACACAAAAACAAAGCGGAGAUUAGUGUGUGGUGUCGAUAACUUCGACUCUCCCGAUUUCACAUAUAUGCCACAGUGGAUGAUGGACUACCUGAAAUUUAAUCCGGGCGAUAGAGCAAUUGCCAUUAAGACAUGGGUCCCUUUGGGAAAGUCGGUCACGUUCAAACCACUCCAAGCAACAUUUUACACAAUCGAAAACCCAAAACAAACACUCGAAGCGUUAUUACGAAAUUAUGUGACACUAACUGCAAACACAACCAUCACAUUCCAGAUGAAUACAAAGGUCGAUGGAUUAACACUCGCAACUGACGUUUCGGUACUUAUAACAGAUUUACAACCACUAACAACGGUACUAAUCAGAGACACAGACCUCAACGUCGAAUUCGAAGAAAACCCCGAAAUCGCUCCGAAGUAUGACAAGCCAAAACCACCAACCAAAAUGGAAGACGACGAUAGUGAAGACGAGGAUGACGAUGAUGAGACAGGAAAUAGCAAAAUGGUAUUUGAGAACCCCCAAAAAGUCGAUCCGAAGGUUAAACUAACAGAGUCUACAGAAUUUAAACCGUUUGAAUGUGACGGGAAACGACUUGGAAUGUCGAAGGAUAUGGGAAAGAAGAUGGAGACGGAGUCAAGUCCAAACACGAAGGUAUGCCCACACUGCAAUAGUCAAGUGUCUGCUGCGAACUUUAGAAUGCACACGUUGCGAUGUUCUAAGAUGUAUAAGUUAUGUGGGAUCUGUGGUAAAAAGCUUUUGAUCAAUUCAGAGGAAGAGACGCAACAUAUGGAACUCCACAUGUUACAAAAGUGCGUUCAAUGUGGUCAGGAAAUAGAGAAACAAUAUAUGAAAAAGCACUUAGAGGAAGAGUGUACGUGCAGAUUGGCGAAGUGCCAGUUCUGUUCCUUGAUGUUCCCAAUGAAAGAGUUGUCGAGGCACGUGGAGUUCUGUGGGAACACCAUGGACGAGUGUGAUAAAUGUGGUGCAAAAGUUCCUUUAAAUAUGAUGCAACAUCACAAAGACUAUGACUGUGCGUUUGCAACAAAGAAUGUCAAUUACCAACUUCCAAAGGGACUCAACUUCAAUGACAUCAAAUUGCCAACGAGUAGUGUUGGGACCGGCAAUUUUGAAUGUCCCAUGUGCGAGAACAAAUUCAAUAAUCAAGUUGACUUAGACACGCACAUCUUGUCGUUCCAUCCAGAACUCUAUGACUAA